AGUUGCCUGAAGACGCAUGCGCGCGGCGUUGCCUCACCAAAAAAACUACAAUCUCCAGAGAAACUUGGGGCAUCUCGCGCAAAAGUCCGUGGUUGAAAGUGGCAAAGGGGCCCAGACCGGAGGAAGUUAAGACUCCACUGGGGCGUGGUUGUUUGUGAUCCUUGGAUCUGUCACUUAGGGUCAGGACUUGGGUCUUGCCCCGGACCCUCGGAAGACCGGCCCCAGCGCAACUAUGAACUUGGAGCGGGUGUCCAACGAAGAGAAGUUGAACCUCUGCCGGAAGUACUACCUGGGUGGGUUUGCCUUCCUGCCUUUUCUCUGGUUGGUCAACAUUUUCUGGUUUUUCCGAGAGGCCUUCAUUGUCCCGGCAUACACGGAGCAGAGCCAAAUCAAAGGCUAUGUCUGGCGCUCAGCUGUGGGCUUCUUCUUAUGGGUGAUUGUACUCUCCACCUGGAUCACUAUCUUCCAGAUCUACCGGCCACGUUGGGGCGCCCUUGGGGACUACCUCUCCUUCACCAUACCCCUGGGUACCCCCUGACAGCUUCUGUACAGGCCUGAGGACCAGGAUGGGCUCCUCUACUCCAAGCCCACUCUCAAGCCCUUAAGACUUGUUCCUGUCUCCUAUGUUCUCUGCUGACAUCCCCCAAUAAAGGACCCUAAUUCUCAA